ACAUUAUGUUGUGUUGUAUCCCGCCAAAGGCAUAUUUAUUUUUCCCAAUUAAUUUGGUGAAAAAGAUGUUUUUAUUUCCUUUCCCUCUCUUUUUUCUGAGUUAUUUUCGGUGACCAUAACAUAAACCCAACGAUUCAGUUUCUCCAAUCCCUAAUUCCUCCUUUUCCGCUACGAUUCCCUAAACCCUAAUUUCACCGUUUUCUUCUCUCGUUCACUCCGCGACUAAUAACUCAGGGCUGUCUAUUGCUAUGUUCCUUGGCUUCUUGGUCCAAACUGUAAAGAAGCAAGGAAUAGAGUACUAGUUAUCAUUUAUCUUUAAUGCUGAAAGAGAUUUUUGGACAAAUUUUGAACCCUAAUUUUCCAAAACUGAGCCAUUGAAAGAAGUAUGUCGGGUGGGUUAAGCGUACCGCAUCAUGUUAUAAUUCAAGCUCUCUUGUCACGGGGCCCGCUCAAGGAGAAAGACUUACACUCCAUGUUCGAGGAUCUCACUAAGAAAAAUCCAGGCACUGAUCGUCGGCUAUUUGAUGCGUUUAUUCUGGCAAUGAACAAGGCCCUUACUUUUGCUAACUUUGAGUUGCGUGGCUGCAUUGAUCAAUAUGAUGGCCAAGUUUAUUAUGGAAUAGUUAAUACUGUUUCAGAUGAACAGUCCAAGCUGGGUACAAAGUAUACAGUUCCACAAAUUGCUUUCUAUAAGGCCAUUAUUGAAGCAAUAGUUCAAGAUGCCACUGCAGAUGGUUUUAUCUCCAGCAUUGGUGCUCUCAAUCUUAAUUUGGAAAGCCAGGUUACACUUGUGACUGAUUCAGAAUCUCAAGGAAGCCAACCACAUGUGCCACAUGCAUUGAAGAAUUUUGGUUUGACUCAAAAGCAAAAUACUCUUAGAGAACUUGCGAGGGACUUGUGGUUGGACAUGCCUGCAGAUGGUAAUGUUAGACUUGGUGUAAAAUCAUUCCUUGAUCUCCGCAGUUGGUUUCGAAGUAAUGAUGUUCCAUCCUGUCACGUUUGCAAUGAAGCUGGAAUAAAGGCAGAGCUGUGCAAAAAUGAAAAUUGUACUGUACGAAUUCAUCACUACUGCCUGAAGCAAAUUUUCUCGCAGAUAAAGGCUGCAAAAGCUUGCCCAAGUUGUGGCACUUCAUGGCCAUUUGCAGUACCCAAAGCAGAAGCCGUAGAGACUGAAGAUGACACUGGACCUAGGCAAAGUCAACGAGCAACUGGUUCUAAAGGAAAGAGGCGAAGAGCCAAUACAAUUGUUGAGGAUGACGGAGUUGGAUGCAGCAAUCAGCAUGAGCUGAAUGGACCUACUGAGAGCCAGCAUGACAAUGGACGGGCACAAACAAGGACUAGGUCACGUAGCACACUUGAAGCAGAUACAGUAGGCCCUGAUGCAUCUCAAUCAUCAUCAGGUGUCUCUGAUCUGCGAAGAAUAACCCGAAAAUAUUCCGGUCGGACCUAAACUUACAACAGUGCCCUAGGGAUUGCUAGGCGAUGCACUAUAUUUUGCUGCUGACAAUUUUUUGGGGGAGCUUCAUUGAUAUGUAUAAUUGUGCUGUACUAGUUUUUUUACUAGUGAUGCAGUUAGGUAGUUUUGAGUAGCUAUUUAAAAUUUAGCAAUAUCUUGUUGUGGUAGACUGACCUGUGGCUCGAAACACAAACCUUCUAGUGAUCUAAAUAUCAGCUUGUAUAUUCGUGUCAAUGCCAUUGAGGUAGGGGCAUUGAUGUUAUGCUCAACUUUGCUAUUGUUUUUUGUUGUUACAGCCUUGAUAUUGUUUAAUAGUGUUAUGCAUCUUCAAUCGUGUCA